AUGUACCAACAAAUACUUGUACAUCCAGAAGACAGACAAUGUCAGCUUAUCGUUUGGAGAAAUGAACCAAGUCAACUUAUAAAAUACUUUGAACUCAACACAGUAACAUAUGGUACUAGAUCAGCACCGUAUCUAGCAACCAAAUGUUUGCAAGUUUUAGCUGAUGACAAUAUGCAAAAUUCAUUCCUCACCACUGGAGUGGACUUUUGCGGACCUUUUUGGAUACAUUACAGAAUCCGAGGCAAGAAACCACACAAGGCAUACAUUGCUGUGUACUGUUGUUUUACAAUUAAAGCAGUUCAUCUCGAAGCAUUCAUCGGAUCACUGAAACGUUUUAUUGCUCGAAGAGGACAUUGCAAGAAUUUGUUUUGUGACAAUGCCACAAAUUUCGUGGGAGCAAGCAAUCAAUUACUUGAACUUGCAGACUCAAUUCAAACAAGCAAGGCAGAAGAGAAGAUAAUUAAUGAAUGCAAUGAAAGAGGAAUAACAUUUAAAUUUAUACCUCCUCGUGCACCACACUUCGGUGGACUGUGGGAAGCAGCAGUCAAAUCAGCAAAACACUUAUUGAUACGAAGUACUAAGACCACGUCACUAACAUAUGAGGAACUAGAGACUGUGGUAUUAGAAGUUGAAGCAAUACUGAACUCUCGACCAUUGACACCUAUGUCGAGUAAUCCGAAUGACUUGUCAGCACUAACACCUGGUCAUUUCUUAAUCGGAGAACCACUCACAGCAAUGGCAGAUGCAAAGGCCCAAUCAGGAAAUAUAAAUCUGGUGACAAGGUGGAAAUUAGUUUCUCGCCUCAAAUUGAACUUUUGGGAACGUUGGAAAACCGAGUACCUCACUGAACUACAAUGUCGACACAAAUGGAAAGCAGCCAAUCCAAAUAUAAAAAAAGGUACCCUUGUAAUCAUCAAGGAAGACAAUGUUCCUACAUUAAAAUGGCCGCUUGGACGUAUUUCAAAGGUAUAUAAGGGAGAUGACGGUCUUGUUCGCGUGGUUGAUGUUAAAAUGGCUUCAGGAACUCUAAGACGUCAUUUGACAAGACUAGCGCCUCUGUUUCCAGCCGAUAACCAAUCUCCUGUUUCUGAUGAACAACUUUCAAAAAGUUUUACAAAAGCGAAUUCGAAAACAACACACGAAGGCGCAGUUCAAGACGAGCCACCUAAAAAGUAUUCACGGCCAAUGUCUAAUUCAUUACUGUGCACAAUGUUAUUAUCUCUAUUAUUCCUGCCAUUGGUAUUAGGGAAUUCAGUGAAUGUAACACGUUUCGACAAUAAUUUAGGAAUAUACUUUGAAUCCAUUGGCUUGAUGAAAGUAGCAACGGCAGAAUGGAAAAUGAUUGUUUACUAUGAUCUUCAUCCAUAUUGGACCGAAAUGGACUCAUUCAACAACGGGACUAAAACCAUCAAACGUUUAUGUUAA